AUGUCAUGUCAACAGUUUCAUCUAUUAAUUUAUAGUGAACAUUUGUGUGUCUUUUGUAUUACUGUUAUUCAAGUAUUUAAAAUUGAGGUUUGUGGAAAAGGAUUUGGAAGCAAGCCUAAGCUGAUUAUGUGCCCCCAGAUAUCACAUAAUCUCGAAAUAACCUUUAACAGUCGUAAAGAUUUCAACAAGGAGUUUGCUAAGCUUGACUCUCUUCAUACGGAAGCGAAGAUAAAUACUUUCACUACGAAUAAUAAACCCAAUGUGUCUGCUAAUAAAAAAUCACUUCGUGGGCAAAACCCCAGGCAUUAUUUCAAUAAUCUUCUAAUGAAUGGCAACGUUCCAGUGAAACGAAAUAAAGCAAAUUUAUCGAAGAAUUCUGUUAGAAAGCAUGAUUUUUUUGGUAAAAUACGUGUGUGA